AUGGAGAAAGGAACGAGCCGGCGGAAGAAGUCUCAGUCAGAGCAACCAGAAAAAUCGAGCUCGAAAAAGAGCCAUCGAGACGCUCCUCUCAUGGAAGCUCAGACAAUCGACGCAUCCUCCCAGCGAGCUUCCUCGGCAAAAUUGGAGCAGAAGGCUCAAGCCCCGCAGUCAACGGAGAACAUGCAAGCCGCCACCUCCGCUCCGGCUUUGCAGGUGGGAGCCACCUCGAACACUCUGCCUCAUCACUCACCUUCAGAAGUCAGAACUGCAAGAGCUGAAAAGUCAGAAGCAACGCGCCCAGCGAAGGCCGUCGCCUCCACUCACGAACUGUCAAGGAUCUUCGGCAAUGGCCCCACGCAGUACAUGGCCCUGUUCAUCGCCACGCUGUCCGACAUCGCGCUGCUCUUGCACAACCUGGUUCCGACCAUCAUGUCUGCGGACGUGGACCACUGGUGCAAGCAGCCCGCCGAGUAUUCCAACCUCACGACGGCGCAGUGGCGCAACAUCAGCACGCCUCGGGACGCCGACGGGAAGUGGCUCCGGUGCGUUCGCUACGAUCCUCCGCUGUCCGUGGCUUCCACGAACAGGUCGACAAGGCCCUGCCAGAGCUGGGACUAUGGCCCGGGUGCCGGACGUUCCCUCGUGGCACAAUGGGACCUGGUGUGCCAGAACCAAUGGCUCCUGACCCUCUCAUCCAUCCUGUAUAUGAGCGGCGCCAUGACUGCGGCGCCCUUCAUGGGCGUCCUGUCCGACAAGGUGGGUCGGCGUCCGGUCAUCUGUGCGGCCAUUGCGGUCCUGAUGAUGUCGGGCCUGGCCCUUUGCUUUACCAACGCUUACGUGGCUUUCCUGUUUCUGCGCUUCUGGGUGUCGGCGUCGGUGAGCACCCUCCAGAUCACCAGCUUCGUGCUGCUCUUCGAGCUGUCCACGCGGGAGUACCAGUGCAUGUACUGUGUCAUCACGAAGGCCGCGGCCUACACCACUGCCCCGCUGUUCCUGACGGUCACGGGUCACAUCGUGCCUAAUUGGACUACGCUCCAGAUUCUGGUGAUGUUGCCCACCUCGCUGCUCAUGUCUGCGUUCUACGUCACCCUCGAGUCGCCCCACUGGCUGCUCUCCAAGAAGAAAUUCGAGGCGGCCGAGAAGACGGUGCUGUGGGCUGCCUCAAGAAACGACGUCAAGGUGGCCGACGCCGCUCGCCAGUGGCGUCUUGUCAGCGCGGCCUGGCAGUACGCAGGAAAGGACACGACGAGAGCCAGCAAGAGCAGUGUGGGGGACACUAUGGGGGCAAUGAGCCUGCUUCGUCGCGGCGUCAUCAUGGUGUGGUGUUGGUUUAUGGUCGUCCUCACUUACUACGGACGCUUCCUGGCGAGAGGACCGAGCACGCACUGGCUACUGGUGUUGAAGCUCUUCCUCCAGUUGUCGUUCAUCUACCUCCUCUACCGCUCCAUGAUGUUUCUGGGACGCAGGCACAGCCUCUGGGGCGUACUGAUGGGGUUCUCGCUGCUCGUUGGCUUCUCCACCCUGUUUUCGGUGCUUAAUCUAGAUCCCACACUGGUGGCGUUCAUGACCGCGGCGAUCGACGUGUUCCUGGACAUGGCCGCCGUGCUCAUCUACAUCAUCAGCGUCGAGAUCUUCCCCACCGUGGUGCGCAGUCUGGGUGUGUUCACCUGCUACUUCUUCGGGCGGAUCGGGGGCAUGGCGGCGCCCAUCUUCUACGUGGGGGGCCUCUUCUCCAGCAGCGAGCUGGCUCUGCUGUCGCUCAGCUUCGCCGGCCUGCUCACUUCCCUGCUGGUUACCUACCUCCCGGAGACCAUGGCCCUUGGCAUUGUAGACACCAUCGGGGAUCUGGACGAGUCGAAUCGUCAAAGAAGGCUCCGUCGGUUUGGUGUCUUCGCGACAAAGACAUCGCGCGAUCCGUCAAAGGAAAAAUCCAGCAAGACAGAACAACAGCAGCCGUCGGCCGAUUUUAAAUGA